AUGGAAGUAGGAGAAAAACAUCGAUACCAUAAAUACAAAAUAUGGUGAUCGAAUAGUGUUCAAAAAUGUCAAAUGCGUGUUGCCAUUACGAUUUUAUGAAUACUUCAAACAAGAUGAUCGACCCAACCUUUUCAAGGAGUCUUUGACAAAUAAAGACGUGUUUGUUGCAAGCACCGGAAUGGCGGGAAAGACCACUAAUUUAAAAUUUAUGUAAAUAAAUAAAUCAGUUAUUGUUCUAGGCAAUCGUACAACAUGACCAAAGAAACGAAGAAACCAAGUGAACUAUCUUUAAAGAAAUCGGCACCGGUGCCUAGUGUGGUGCAACAUGUAGUUGUAAGUGAAUCGUCGCAAAACUUAUUGAUACCAAAGCGAGGUCCUUUUAUCAAACGAGGCCCCAUUAGUGGCGAGAAAAGAAAGGCGAGCGAUCCUAGGACGAGCGCGGCACUACCAGCUAAAUUACGAGCUCCUGCAAACCAAACUGUGCUACAUCCAGUGGAUAAAUUGGACAACAAACCCCUACUGGAUGACCAAUAUAGCAUCAUAACUAUAUCAGACAAUGAAUCAAGGUCUGAUAAUCUCAGAUCAACUGUAACGACUCAUUUAGGCCGAACAUUGGAAAUUGACGAUCUCCUCAAAGAACUUGAAGCUGGACAUGGUUCUAACGCAUGCGAUUCGAAUCGGUAUUUAUUAUUACAAAAAAAAAGCUAUGCACAUUGUGAACGCCGCGUUGAUUCUCUUUACAGAAUUAUUCCAACGCCGCACCUGUCGGAGGAAAUAAGAUCCCCACCACCACCAUCCUUGGUAAUGCCACCGCCGGAACCACCAACAGAGCAAAACAAUUCAAAGGGAAAAGAUAUAAACGCUAUGAUACAAAUGUAUCAGGCAGAGUUCCAGCAGCCGUUUGCUCCGGAACUUCCUACUCCAGCUCAUUCCUCAUCGACUACGAUCACCCCAAAAGCGUUGGUGGAGGAAACUAUCGCGCAGGUAAAAAACACGGAACCGUACGGUACGACUUGUUGCCGAGUUGGACGCCUCGCGCGACGAAGAGAAGUGCCUUGAAAAUGAACUUAAGUACAUAGCUGAAUUCCUGGCACUGAAAACGUAAUG